AUGAGAAAUUUAUUUGCACUAAAACUGUUUUCUUUGGUUGUUGAAUACCGGGAAUUCCUGGCGUCCCAGGACUGCAAAGACAACAAGGAAAAGAUGGAGCUAAGGGAGAGCCUGGUGUCAGGGGAUCUUGGUGACCGGGGUGAACCUGGAAUGAUGGGAUUAAAAGGAGAUAAAGGAGUAUGUUCCGUGGGACCAACCACCAGUCCUCAACAACAGAAUCCUCAAACUGGCGCUGACAAAGAUCCCUAUGAGAAAUCCGUUUUCGCUCCCGGAUUUUUUGGGAUUCCAGGAUCAAAUGGCAUACCAGGAAUGCCGGGAAUUCGUGGCGCCCCAGGGCCGCAAGGACAACAAGGAAAAGUUGGGGCAAAGGGGGAGCCUGGUGUCAAGAGACCGAGAGGUAUAACGGGAACAAGAGGAUUAAAAGGAAAUCCAGGCUCACUGGGUAAAAAUGGUGCUCCUGGAAUGAUGGGAAUAAAAGGAGAUAAAGACUAUCAUCUCGGCAUCAACAAGAUUCAAUCUGAUACAGUCUCAUUCCAGGGAAAUACUUUAGUCUAUGGCAGUUCAGUUAAAUGCAACCGGUGGUUCUUCAAGUUUAAUGGAAAUGAAUGCAGUGGACCAAUGACAAUUGAGGCUGCUGUGUACAACAAUUGGCCAUCUGGGAAUCCUAAUCUGCUUCAUCACAGAUCAUUUGAGGGAUACUGUGAAAAUAUUCCACAGGGUAGAGUUACUGUGGAGUUAUGGGUAGGACAGUGUAGUCGUACACUGGGUGAUGCUAAAACUGGAUGGAACUCAGUAUCCCAGAUAAUUAUAGAGGAAGUCUCCAGAGCCCAGUCCUGA